AUGGAACAGCCCACUUCAAGCACCAAUGGGGAGAAGAGGAAGAGCCCCUGUGAAUCCAAUAACAAAAAAAAUGAUGAGAUGCAGGAGGCACCGAACAGGGUCUUAGCCCCCAAACAGAGCUUGCAAAAUACAAAAACAAUAGAAUAUCUAACAAUAAUAGUGCAUUACUACAGGAAGCAUACGAAAAUAAAUUCAAAUCAACUGGAGAAGGACCAGUCCCGAGAGAACUCCAUCAAUCCAGUCCAAGAGGAGGAGGACGAAGGCCUAGACUCAUCUGAAGGAUCUUCACAGGAGG